ACAGCUCACAGAAACACCAGAUCCUUAACCCGCUGAGCAGGGCCAGGUAUCGAACCCACGUCAUCAUGGAUCUAGUCAGGUUCGUUAACCACUGAGCCACAAUGGGAACUCCCUCUAUGUAAUUCUUAUGCAAACUUUAGAGUCCAUAAGAAUCAGUUUGAGAACCACUGACCUAGAGUGUUUUAUAGUGAAACUUGAAGGCUGUGUCUUCCACCGAUUUUGUAUCUACAUAUUUUUCAACUGGUAGAUAUAACAGAGCUUUAACUAUUUAGACCUGGAAAAUAUUAUACUCUCCAUCAGAAUAUUUUCAUCUUAAUUAAAUAUAAAAAAUGUAAAUAUGGUUCUAAUUCUUGUACACCUAUUUGCUGUUGAUUUGAGAAGUGAUACAUAAGUGUAGAAUUUUACUGGAUAGUAGUGACCUCAGGAUGACCUUAUUGGUAGUCAUUUAUAAAGCAAAAAUGGGCACAGUGUACAAAGGUUGAGUUUUUUGGGGGGUUGGCUUUGUUGAGUCUUACAUGAUAUGUUUGUUCUUGCCAUUUAUAAUCAUCUUCUCUGUGUAAGGAUAUUCUAGCUGCACGACAAUAGCUUCACAAGUGUGGAAGUUUCUCUCCAAAUCUUAAACUACUGAAAUAAAUUUUAGACCACAUUUCAAGAUUAAAGAUGAUGUGUUCAAAUUCUGUAUCUCUCUUAGUAUCCCCCUCCCUCUCCUUAUCUUCCCUCUCUGUCCCCUUUCUUGCAACUCCCUCACCCCUGCCUUUCAGAUGUGAGCUCAAGCAUCCCUUCCCGAAGGAAACCUUCUUCGGCCUUCUUUGCUACUUCAGUUUCCCUGUUAAAUAUUGUUUUAGCUUUAUGUUCUUUUCCCUGGUGAUGCUCACUGCAAUUUCAAUUUUAUGUGUAUUUGUAUGAUUGGCUUGUUAUCAUCUGGAAUUAACAGGGGCCAACGUAUAAAUAAAUAUUGGUUGAAUUACUGUAUGCCUUCAUAGUUUAUAUUUUUCCAAAGACUGACACUUUAACAGAUAUUUUAAAAUAAAAGGAGUCCUAGAAUAUAUGUAAACAUGGGUAUUAUUUUCCAUUCUAUUUUGCAAGUUUUGAGAUGUUUAUUAACAGCAGCAAUGGCUAUAAUAUGCUGGACACGUCUUCCAUUGUAAGCACUUUAUGUAUGUUCUGCCAUGCAGUUCUCCUUACAUUGUAAAGUUUUGUAUAUAUUUUAGAGUUGAGGAAACUGAGGCUCUGUUCUAUGGUCUCUCAAGCUACCUACACCAAAAUUGAUUUUUUAAAAAUCACAAUGAUGAAGAAAUUAUGAAACCAGUAGACAGAACAUGUGAAAGAAUGUAUUUCCUCCUUAUUCCUAGUUCAGGGCCCAGCACUAUCUGUGCAUUACUCACCCUGUUGCUACAAUUGUCGGUGAUGCUGUUGUUGUGUCUUGGGUGAUGUGAAUAAUGGAAGACUUGCACAGCUCAUGCUUCCACCUUCCUAUUGCUCUUUAUAGCACUGGUGUCGUUUACCUCAGUACCACUCAAUCACAAUUCUUUUACCACAACUGGUCAAAAUCUCCCAACUUAUUUGUGGAAAUUUAAGAUGAAACCAAAUAUAAUUUUAAGAAUGAGUACCUUUAAGCAGAGGAUGUUUAAACAUUAGGUCUUCUCCAUAUUUGGAGAUAUGCAGCUCAUCUUCUGGAAAGUUCACACAGAACUUUGAGUACCUUGCUCAAGCUAAGUGGACCUUAGGUUCAGUCUAUUAAUUCACCUUUUCUCCUGUGAGAAAAAAAAAAUUACAUGGUCAUAUCAUUUUAGUUUCUUUUGGCUUUUAAUCUUCAACUUCUUUAUUUAAAUGUGGGUUUAAUCAGUCAAGUAUUUGUAGCAAAGGACGCAUUUAAAAACGUUUAAAUAUUCUGAUUCUGUAUAAUCCUAUAGACAGUUAAAUUUGGUUAUUCUGAAGCCCUCUGCUAGACUAACUAGAUAGAGUUAUAUAUUUCAUAAUGUGUUUAAAUCAGUCAAUAACAUGAAUGGAGAUUCAUAAUAUUAGAAAUUUAAAAACAAUGUUUUGCUGAGUAUUUCACUUACGACUUAUUUUGUAGCAUUUGUCAGAAUCUUUUUCUGUCACUGGAAUCAUUUAAUCAUUAACUGGAGCCUCAGCCUUGCCCCUGAUUCAGGAACAAUCCUUCUAAUUGACUUACAGCCCAACACUUUGGGACUUAACUUCAAGCCAUCCUUUAUGUUCAGCUCUAAUGUUAUAACAUAUUUAUAGUAAUGCUGCCUUCUUAUAACGAAACUUAUUUCUCACCUAAUAUUUUCCUCUGCAUCUUGAUAACUUCUGCGAUAUUACCAUUCCACAUAGCAUUUGAGUAAGGCUUUUUUUCUCCCUUCAUUUAUGAUUCUUAAUAUUCUUAAUAUAGAACAUAAUGUUAUUUAUUGGCACACACAAGGAUAUACUCUGGGAUAUAUGUAUCUAUAUAUAUCUGUACGUAAUGCAGCAUAUUGGAAUUAUCAACAACUGGAAUCAUGAAGUUUUAUCCAUAGUCACAACUAAGGCCAGUAAACACUUUCCUGGAUCUCUAAAUCCUCCAGACCCUAGAGGUAUGCUUCAUUUCUAAUACUCAUUCUUGGGCCUCUGCGAUGCCGACCAUUUAUGGCAUAUUGUCCCGCCCUUAGAUAUGCGGGCUGGUUGGACUUCUUAGAAGUAUACAUACAGCUGGGUCUGUAUACUGCUUUCCAGACUGCAGGGCAAGUCCAGUUCCAGGUUCUAAGGGUCGCUAGACUGCCUCAUUUUGCUACAUGUUAUCUCCCUUAUCUUCCUGUAUCCCACUAUAGAGCUACCUCAUUCGUCAUUACUGACAAUGUACAUUUUGUAAAUGCUUAUUAUGUAUAAGCCAGUCUUCUUGUUUCAAAAAGAAUCUACUUCCUAUGGUUCCUGAACAGCUUACUCCACAUAAAUGGAAUACACAUUCUUCCAUGUCUUUUUUGAUUCUUUAGGACUUGUGUGUGUCUCUUAUUCUAAGUCAGUUGUUUAUUUCAGGAUGACCCGGCUCUUCUCCAUUCUCCUUUAUAACCUUAUUUGAAUAUGAUAUGUUUAGAAUGCUGAACAGCUAAAGAAGCGUAUCCCAGAGGUUACAUAUGAUACUUUCUCUUAAUUUUCCCCAUUCGUUAAUGACACCUAGAUGUAUUCCUAUGUUUAGGAAGUGUUUGUUAAGCUAGGCACACUAGCUUAUUUCAACUUUUCAGGAGAUCUUAGUGAUAUAACUUCCUUAUCUACCAAAUGCAGACUCGCACAUGUUAUUUAUUGUGUAUCUGUUCACUGCCGUGAACUCUUUGCUGGAAAGUUAAAUACUGUGAUUCUGUUGGUGAGUGGUUAUUGUUGUGUGUGUGGCUUUUUGGUCUGGUUUUGGCAGUAGCAACAAAUGAUACAUCAUAGGCCUAUGUAAGGUUUACAAAUAAACCAAACAAGUGUAUAUGAAUAAAGACAUGGCAGAAAUAAAUACAGAUGUAGGCGUUAACACUCCAGGCAAUUCUUCCUCACCUAUUUUUGUUUGUCUUUUGUUAUUUAUAGAUAUGCAAAUUACCGGAUCAUUAAGUCAUUCAAGUUAGAAUAUAUGGAAUGUACUUAGUGAGCACUCCUUUCUAAUAUACAAUAUUCUUUAGGACAUUCAGGAACAGCUUGAAAGGGGAGAAGACAUCAGAUGAGAAGGUUAAGAAAAAGGAGAACAUACUUCUAAACCAUACCUCUAAAUCAAACUCAGAUUCGGUAUUAGAAAUGCAGACUAAGAGGAACUUAUUUCAGGUAAAGAUUCCAAAUAUCUUAUUGAUAACAAAACCAAAGUGUCUGCACAUCAGGAUCCAUAUAUUUUCAAGGGAACAUUACCUACUGGGCAGAGAGCUCAAGAAUAAUUAUUUGACUUCAUUUUCAGUUUUUAAUACUAUAUUCAUAUGCAGAUGGACCCAAGAAAAUGCAAAGUUUUCAUUACUAAAUGAAUUACUUAAAGGUUAGAGUAUAUCUCCUAUAGCAGUAAUUUAAAAAAUAUAGAUUACUAAAUUGAGCCAUCACAAAGUCAAUACAGGUAUGUACACAGCAAGCAUAUAAACUUACAGCAACAUUAUGGCUAAAAUUAACUUUGAAGAAUAUUUCCUACAGUGUACUUCAAGGUGUAAAUAUGGCAGUAUUGGGAGUUAUCUUCGUCGAUACCAGUCUAGCUUUAGAAAAGAGAAGGGCCCUACAGCGGGAGAGUCUAAUUUGAUCAGAGGGAGAGUGUAAUACAAAGCAUCCCCUGGGAAAGUUAUGAGGGUCCCAGGUCCAAGUGCUGCUCAAAACACCAAAAUAAAGACACUGCAGUACUAACUGUCUAGUGAAGAGUGGGAAGGAAUUAUCUCCCAGGAUAUUUCUGAGGAGCAUCAGGUCAUUGGAUGAUGAUUCAGAAAACACAUAGCUCCAGAGGUCUAAUGAAGGAAAUGAUUGGAUGAGGUAGUUUAAAAGCCAAAGAGUUUUAAUUUGAAUAUAGGAUAGAUUGGUGAAUUUGAAGUUCUGGAGAUUCUUGAACCUUCUUCCUUAGUCUCCUAGACCUCAGUCUCUGCAGUCAACUUUGCUGCAAGGGAGCUAUCCAGGGUACUAGACUCUUGCCUCGAAAUCCUCUCUUGCAAAACUGUGCAAAAGAUUUUGUUGUUUUCGUUUUUGCUAAUCAUAGAGCCUGCUGUUGCAGAUGCUGCAUCAUUCACUUGGAAUGGCUAACCUUCCAUCAUUUGGUUUAUUCCAGUGGGUUCUACAAAGCUUAAUUGAAAUGUAAAGUCAAGGAAGCCUCCUUCAACCCCAUGCAAGAGGCCUAUACACAGCCUGUGUGUAUCACUGUCAUAUCUCCAUUUAAAGUAUCGUAAUUCACUGCUUGUUUGUGCUUCAUGCCCACUAGAUCGUAAGCUCUAUGUAAGUUUUGUGUUUAUGCUCUUUUUUAAGAAGCUCAUCUAAAUCAGUGAUGUGAAUAUCCUCAGUAAUUGAUAGAUGAAUUUAUACUGCUUAAGAGUGACAUGAGUAUUGUCUAUCUCAUGUGAACUACACCUGGGGCUAGUCAUGGUUCUGAACUGCAUCUAAGCUCUCUUUGAAUAUUGCCCUCCAUGGUUUUUUUAUGGCCUGGAACUGUGUUCUGAACCUGGAACCAAGUAACCUAAAAAUGACUUCAAGUCUUGAAACAAAGAAGGAAUGGAGGAACUCCGGGAACUGUGGCAUACGUACCAUGGACAUUAGGGGAUCCGUAAAGUUUAAGUAAAGCAGCACAGGCUGAUACGGAGAAUGGGGCUCAAAGGAGAGUCUUGUUACUUCCUCAAACACGAAUCUGGAACAUCCACUCCACAUGCAUUUCUAAGGCCUCUGGAGUAUGGCAUCUCCCCUUAAUUCCCACAGCCCAUACCAGCAUUUUGAAAUGUCUGCAAAUCUGAGGUCCUGAGAGGCUAGCAGAAUUCUCUGAAUAAACAAAUGUUUACUAGACCCUGUGUAAAUAUCGGUUAAUGAAAAACAUGUGGUUUCUAUCCUUGUGAAGCUUGUGGCCUAGUUCCCAAUGGUGAUGCCCACUAUGAUCCAUGGUCCUCGGUGAGAAUAGAACGUGGCAGAUUUUGUUCCUCUGUCUUCUUAUGGCCACGUCAGCGACUUCCUGAACUCCGUAAAAGCUGUGAAGUUGGCUAUCACAGUGCGAGCCUUGGAGUCCCAAUGGGGGACUCUGGAUCAAGAAGGUCUACCCUGGUCUCCCGGUUGCCAAUAUUCAGAAGGAGUAUUAGCAGGAAACAUGAUUCUCUUCCUUCCUCACCCUCCUCCAGUAACACCGUUGGUGUCCACAGUUCCUCUCCUUCCAGCACUAACUCAAGCUCAGGUAGUACAGGUAAACGCAGGAGCAUCUUCCGUACUCCUUCCAUCAGCUUCCAUCACAAGAAGGGAGGUGAACCCAAGCAAGAACCUACCAACCAGACCCUUAGUAUUUCGAAUGGUGCUCAGCCUGGUCACAGCAGUAUGCAAAAACUGAGUUUGGAAGAACACAUUAAAACCAGGGGAAGACAUUCUGUUGGUUUUAGCAGUUCACGAAACAAGAAGAUAACGAGAUCUUUGACGGAGGAUUUUGAAAGGGAAAAGGAGCACUCGACUAAUAAGAAUGUCUUUAUAAACUGCCUCAGUUCUGGCAAAAGCGAGGGGGAUGAUUCUGGAUUCACAGAAGAACAAACUCGCCGUUCUGUUAAGCAAUCAACAAAGAAGCUUCUUACUAAAUCUUUUUCAUCCCACUAUAAAUUUUCUAAGCCUGUUCCACAGAGCCAAUCCAUUUCGUUGGUACAACAAUCUGAAUUCUCACUGGAAAUUACGCAGUACCAAGAGAGGGAACCUGUAUUGGUAAGAGCUUCUCCAUCUUGUUCUGUGGAUGUAACAGAACGGGCGGGAAGCUCUUUGCAAUCUCCGUUGCUUUCUGCUGAUCUUACUACAGCUCAGACUCCUUCAGAGUUCUUAGCCUUGACUGAAGAUUCUGUGUCUGAAGCAGACGCAUUUCCUCAAAGUGGAAGCAUGGCAUCUCACUGUGACAACUUUGGCCGCAAUGAUUCUACCUCUCAGAUUUCUCCCAGUCCUGCUGCUGUUACAAAGACAACAAUAGACCUUAUGGGAACUGUUCCCUGUGCAAUUAUAUCUCCUGGAAAAUACAGGUUAGAAGGCCGAUGUAGCACUGAACCUAAUUCCUUACCAGAAACCUCUGCUGCUAAUCAGAAGGAAGUGUUAUUGCAAAUCACUGAACUACCUGUUAUGAAUGGGAGAGACUCAGAGACGCACCUGUCAGCAGAUACAAAAAGAGGAGAGCAUAUGGUGAUACAAAAUGGUGAAACAAUGUUGGCAACAAGCUCCCCAAAGAAACUUGGAUUUUAUGAGCAACAUAAAGCAAUAGCUGAGCGUGUUAAAGGGAUCCAUCCUAUUUCAGAUUCAAGGAUAAUACCCUCUUCUGGUGAUCGUCAUAUUUUUAACAAAACGUCAUGUGGAUAUGAUGCAAAUCCUGCCAAAGUUCUUGCCAGUAGCCUCAGUCCGUACCGUGAAGGGAGAUUUAUAGAGAGGCGACUGCGCUCCUCAUCAGAAGGCACUGCAGGGAGUAGCAGGAUGAUUUUGAAACCAAGAGAUGGAAAUGUUGAGGACGUUAGCAGUCUAAGAAAGCAGAGAGCGGGUUCGUCAUCUUCAAAAAUGAACAGCAUGGAUGUCUUGAAUAAUUUGGGAUCUUGUGAACUGGAUGAAGAUGACCUGAUGCUUGAUUUAGAAUUUUUAGAGGAACAGAGCCUUCGUCCUUCAGUUUGCCGAGAAGAUUCGUACCACUCUGUGGUCUCAUGUGCUGCUGUAGUUCUCACUCCUGUGGAACCAACAAUAGAAAUGAAGAAAAGAGAAGAACUAAAACUUUCUGAACCUUCCAAACAGAACCUUUCCCUGAAAUUAACAAAAGACACUGAUCAGGAAGCCAGGUGUCCCCAUAUCAGCCGAAUGCCCAGCAGUCCCUCUGCAGACUGGCCCCUGCCAGGUGUAGAAGAAAAUGGAGGCAUGGAUUCUCUGCCAUUCAGGCUGAUGUUACAGGACUGCACAGCUGUCAAGACAUUACUACUGAAGAUGAAGAGAGUUCUCCAAGAGAGUGCAGAUAUGAGCCCAACAAGUAGCACCACUUCACUUCCUGUUAGUCCUCUUACUGAAGAGCCAUUGCCUUUCAAGGAUAUAAUGAAAGAUGAAUGCUCAAUGCUGAAGCUGCAGCUGAAAGAGAAGGAUGAACUCAUUUCCCAACUACAGGAAGAACUGGAAAAAGUUCAGCAUUUACAGAAGGCUUUUGCUUCAAGAGUAGAUAAAUCCACACAAACUGAACUUCUAGGCUAUGAUGUUUUAAACCUGAAGAGACUGGAGGCAGUACAAGGAGGGAGAGAGGCUACAUAUCGAAAUCGAAUUGUGAGCCAAAGUCUCAGCACAAGGGACAGAAAACCAGCGCAUACUCCCACAGAGGACCGUUUUAGAUACGCAGCAGCAGACCAGACAAGCCCCUACAAAAGCAAGACCUGUCAAGUCUCAAGUCUAUGUUUAAGUAAUUUUUUGAAGGACAAGGACCUAGUGGAAGUUAUCAAACACUCAAGAGGAACUUACGAAACAGAGGUCACCCAGAACUCACGUGCCACCGUAGGGCAGAACACUCUGAAACCAACCGCGAAGACAGAAGGGCUCUCCACAUUCUCAGAGAAACCAAAGGACCAAGCUGCUGUGGCCCGUCAGCAUUCCACUUUUACAGGCAGGUUUGGACAGCCACCGAGAGGGCCCAUCUCUUUACACAUGUACAGCAGGAAGAAUGUGUUCCUUCAUCACAGUCUACACACAGCUGAGCUGCAGACUCUAGGCCAGCAGGAUGGGUAA